AUGGCAAUCUCAACGGGCAGACCGCAAAAAGUUACUGGAGCCCCAGACUAUGACAACCCAGAGUUCUGGGAUAAUCGAUUUGCGACCGGUCAGGAUGUGGGCGAGUGGCUGAAUUCUGGCGAGGCGCUUAUCGACGCGGUGGUGUCUAACCUAGAAAGCCGACCAGUCAGACGACCGCGCGUCUUACACCUGGGCCCAGGCGUUUCCCAACUGGGCCUGAAACUGCGUGACGCGUGCGUAGAGCGCCACUGGAACGGCAAUGGCAUUGUCAAUGUCGACUUUUCGGGAGAAGCUGUUCGUCUUGGACAAGCAUACGAAAGCCAGAAACCCCCCUCGGAGGCGAUGCAUUGGCAACGGGCCGAUUUGUUAUCUUGGAACCACGUUUCCGACCUUUUGCCGUUCGCCCCGUUCGACGUGAUUCUCGACAAAAGUACCAGCGAUGCCAUUGCUACCGCGACCGACCGGCACUUCGCGUCGACAGAUGAUCUUUCACAAAUUUGUCCAGCUGUUCGCGAGCUGCUAGACACUCGGCCCUUACUCGCCCUGUCUCCGGUUGAACUACUCGGCCUACAUCUCGUGCCAUUGACACAGAAAGAUACGACUUGGAUUGUGAUGUCAUAUUCAACCUUCCGUUUCGGAGGCAAUUCCAUUCUUGACCAAUACUGGACUCUACGAUCUCGCACACCAUUGAAAGCACCUGCGGGCCCCGUGUCGUCGUCCGCUUAUACCCCUGACGUGUUUCACUGGAUAUAUAUCCUUAACCGGAAAUGA